GCACCACUGAGGCGGCGGGUCCCUGACCUCGGAGACAGGUCCGGACGUCCCCGCCGCGCCCAGUCCCAUCCGACCGUGACGCCGCGGGCCGGUGGAGGCGCGGCUCCAGCACGAUGAAGGAUUUGGGGACAGAGCACUUGGCCGGUUGUGAAGGGGUCCAGCUCUUCGGAUUGUUGAACCUCUACCUAGAACAGGAACAGAGAUUCCAACCUCGAGAAAAAGGGCUGAGCUUGAUCGAGGCUACCCCGGAGAAUGAUAACACUUUGUGUCCAAGAUUGAGAAAUGCCAAAGUAGAAGAUUUAAGGAGUUUAACCAACUUUUUUGGAUCUUGCACUGAAACUUUUGUCCUGGCUGUCAAUAUUUUGGACCGAUUCUUGGCUCUUAUGAAGGUGAAACCUAAACAUUUGUCUUGCAUUGGAGUCUGUUGUUUUUUGCUGGCUGCUAAAAUAGUUGAAGAAGAAUGCAAUAUUCCAUCUAUUCUUGAUGUAAUCCGGAUUAGCCAAUGUAAAUGUACUGCUUCUGACAUAAAACGGAUGGAAAAAAUCAUUUCUGAAAAAUUGCACUAUGAAUUGGAAGCUACUACUGCCUUAAACUUGUUGCACUUAUAUCAUACUAUAGUACUUUGUCAUAAUUCAGAAAGGAAAGAAAUACUGAGCCUUGAUAAACUGGAAGCUCAGCUGAAAGCUUGCUGCUGCCGACUUAUCUUUUCAAAAGCAAAACCAUCUGUAUUAGCUUUGUGCCUUCUCAAUUUGGAAGUAGAAACUUUGAAAUCCAUUGAAUUAUUGGAAAUUCUUCUGCUUGUUAAAAAACAUUCCAAGGUUAAUGACUCCGAGUUUGUUUACUGGAGGGAGUUAGUUUCUAAAUGCCUAGCUGAAUAUUCUUCUCCUGAAUGUUGUAAACCAGAUCUUAAGAAGUUGGUUUGGAUUGUUUCAAGGCGCACAGCCCAGAACCUCCACAAUAGCUACUAUAGUGUUCCUGAGUUGCCCACAAUACCAGAGGUGGGGUGUUUUGAUGAAAGUGAAAGCGAGGACUCUUGUGAAGAUAUGAGUUGUGGAGAAGAGAGCCUCAGCAGCUCCCCUCACAGUGAUCAGGAGUGCACUUUCUUCUUCAGCUUCAAAGUGGCACAGACACUGUGCUUUCCCUCUUAGAAAUCUCAUUGUUCUGGGUCCAAAAUUAAAGUGUGUGUACAGGUUUCAAAGCAAUAAAUGGGGGAGUAGGUAGUUUCCUGGUGCAGCCCCCAUCUAGGCAGGAAUUGCAUAGACUCUGGAAUACCUACCUUCUAUUUAUUAUUCAGAUCAGAUCUGGCCUAUUUUCAUAUUUAAUCCUAAGCCAUCAAAUGGGUUAGUGCCUCUUAAACAAUUAACAAUACUUCAGACAUUGGCACUUUAUUUUUCUCCUUGAUCUUUAGCUAUGUGGGGGAGGAGGGAAGGUGCUGAUACCUUCAAUUUAUUACUUUUCAAGAAGAUUUUUAAAGAUGAAUAGUGUAGCUUCAACUUUUUUAUAAAGCCUUCAGGUGUCUUUAUUGAAACAGAUUGGGAGUGUGCAAGUGCUUCCUUAGCAGGGACAAUGGAUAAUCCUUUAAUGGUUUAUCUUAGAUCUCUCUCUCUCUCCCCCACCAUUCUCAGAGCAGAGAAUAUACUCUUAAAUGUCAAAAACCUUUUUUUGUUUGUUUUUUUAAAUGAUCAGUGUUCUAUCUGAUGCAGACUCUAGAAACUUAGGAAUUAUAAUGUUGACAUUUCUGUGAAUUUUAGUAUGUAAUAUCUUCAUUUCUUUGAGGUUUCUGCCAAAACAGAAAUAAGCAACAAACUAGGGUUGUUGGAUAGUUGCAUUCCUAAUGCCUAAGUGUUGUCAGACUAUAGUAUUAUUUUAUUGUUUUUAAAACAAUCCAUAAUCUAGUUUUGCAUGUACCUGUAUGAGAGCAGUGCAGCAAGUUGAACAGAACUAGGUAACUAUGGAAUUGAUAAAUGUUGAUCUAGUAGCACAUUUUGUCUCAUUUUCUUCUAUUAAAAAAGUCUGCAUGAUUACAUUGUAUUUCCUUUGUAAUUCACGUUUCAAAAAUAAUGGUAUUGUACAUGGGUGCCAAGACUGAAUAUGAAGUGAAAAAAAAAACCCCAAACCUAAGUGUUUGUAGCAUUAUAGUUUUAAGCAUAUCUGUGUGGUGGUACAGCCAUAAGAAUAGGGAUUUAUAAACUCUGUACACAUGAGAUUUUGUACAGAGAAUUUUUUUAAACUUUAUAAACUGUAUAUGAAAAUGUAAAUCU